AUGUUUCUUGGUACCCUCCUCUCGUUGGCGGCCGUCGUUACCGGCGCUGCCAUCCCCAAUGGCCAGACGCUUUCGCUCAAUGAAAUUCCUUACUACGUGAGCGGCAUUCCUGUGUCCACUUUGCAGGGGCACGAUGUCUCUGCAUAUCCUUCGUUGGCAGAGGGUAUAGACCUGGUGCCAUUAACCGUCAUUCGCGUGACUCCUAACACGAAGUUGGAGUCCCUGCUAUCGGACUAUGCCGAGCGCGAUGAUGUCUUCCAGACUGCUUUUCUACGUGCAGUCUAUCUCACAGCGUCCACUGGUGAUGCCAUUGACUCCCAACUGAGCGGCUAUGCGUCCAUUCUCAAAUCUUCUGGCACGGAAUUGCUGCUGGUUGAUUCGGAGGUACACACAGCUUCUUCAAAUUCCACACUCAAGGCCCAGUUAACCGAGGAGCUGCCGAGUGGGCCGUAUUUUGUCUCCCUGUAUACCGGAGAUGUGUUUAGAGCGUACCGGUUGUACCCUGACGACAACCUGGCUUUCAUUCAAGCAGCAAUCAGUGACGAGAAGGGAGGCGUCCUCCCCCUACCAGCGGUAACGGAAAAUGCAAUGACCAAAGAUGUCGCUGUGCCGUCACGUCUCUAUUAUACACAAACUCCAGAAAAGCCAUUGGCCGGUCUGAGACUGGGUGUCAAAGACAUCUACCAUGUUAAAGGUCUGAAGACGAGUGGCGGCAGUCGCUCCUACUAUUACUUAUACGGAACUCAAAAUGACACUGCCCCAUCCAUUCAGAGGCUCUUGGACUUAGGCGCUGUAUUUGUCGGUAAAACCGGGACUGUCCAGUUUGCUAAUGGUGAUCGGCCUACUGCGGACUGGGUGGAUUUUCACUGUCCCUUUAACCCGCGUGGAGAUGGAUAUCAGGCACCUAGCGGCUCCUCCUCCGGUUCAGGUGUGGCUAUUGCAGCGUAUGACUGGUUGGAUCUUGCUGUUGGUAGUGACACUGGCGGUUCAAUGCGUUCACCAGCCGCGGUUCAAGGAAUUUACGGCAACAGACCAUCUACUGGCGCUAUCUCUCUGGAUCACGUCUUGCCCCUCUCACCGGCCUUGGAUACAGCGGGUGUCUUCGCAAGAAGUGCCUCACUAUGGGCCCAUACUGUGAAAGCUUGGUAUCCUCAUUUCCGGCGCAAUUUUACGUCAUACCCUCGGCAACUGCUGCUGGCCGGUGGUGGAUGGGAUGGUAAAGGCAUCAGCCCCGAGGCCCAUCAAGGUCUUACCACAUUCGUACGUGGGCUUGAGGGAUUCCUCGGAGCUAAUCAUACCAUCGUCGAUGUGUCGCAGCGAUGGCUCGACACACAAUCCCCCAGCACACCCACUCUGGAAGAGAUGCUCAACCUGACCUAUGCCACCCUUACUUCCGUUGAUCAAUUCAACCACCUAGCUGUUCCGCUCUUUGCUGACUAUAAAGCACUCCACCGCGGCCGCCAGCCUUUCAUCAACCCUGGCCCAUUAGCGCGUUGGCAGUGGGGUCAAGCCAAUGGUGGGAACACUUCCUACGAGGCAGCUCUGCGCAACAUGACUACUUUCCGGGACUGGUGGGAGAAGUCCGGGUAUGGUCAGUCCGACCAGGCCUCUUGCUCCAAGACGCUCUUCGUCAGUGUGUACUCGGUCGGCACGACCGACUACCGUAACCAAUACUAUGAUGCGCCCACUACACCACCACUGGGAUUCUCCAUCGGACGGAUUGCGGUACUAGGUGGGGCACCUGAGGUUGUUGUCCCUGUGGGAGAGUCUCCAUACAACAGUACUAUCUCUUUGCAGACCGAGUAUUUGCCGGUAAGUGUGGCGCUGCAGAUGGCGCGAGGGUGUGACCAUGUCCUGGCUUCCUUGGUCACAGGGCUCGAGAAGAAGGGGGUCCUCCGGCCUGUGGGUACAGGCUCCCGGUUGUACUUUUAG